AUGCAAGUGCCUAUAUUGUUUUCUUACUCAUAGAUGACUGCCUUCCGAUGGAUAAAGACAUUUAAAUUGAAUAGUUUCUAAGCUUAAGCACUCUAGUUAAGUAAGGAUGAAAAAUACUUAGUUGGAUUUAUCUCAAACUCUCCAGUGAAAGAUUAUUAUUUAUCGAUUCAUGAUGCCACUUCAGGGGAGAUCUUAACUAUGUAUUAGUUAACUUCUAUUCCUUUGAAUCUUAAGCUCAUGACUAGUAAUAACUUUGUAUUUACAAAUGAUGGUAGAAUUUUCAUGCUAAUGCAUAAUGAAUAUAUCUUAGUCGAAUUUAAAUACCAAGGUGGUAGCUUGUCUAUCAUUAAAGUUAUAAAGCUAAUUCUAAUGGGGGAUCAAGUUUACUCUAGCACAAAUUAAUAUUCUACCUUGAUAGCAGAUCCCUUAGGAUAAAAUUUAAUCUCAAAUUUCGGAGGAUUUUCUCAAUCAGCAUAAUCUUAUUUGCUUGUUAAAAGUUGGAAUAUUCAAAGUGGAUUAUCUUCUCAAGUAUAGUAUUAGUUAAAAUUAUCUUUUCCAAUAUCAUUCAAUCAUUCAAGCUACGACGAUAAAAAUAAUAUUAUGUUUUCUUGUGGUACUCAUGCUACUUAUCCUUAUAUUCUAGUUUCAGAUUUUGAUAAUGCUAAUUUCCAAACAUUAUAAUUCAAUCCUUAUAGACCCACACAAACCUAUCCUGGUACAUUUUUAGCUGAAGGAUGUAAAGCUAUCCUUUCUAAGAAUAAAGUUGUAUAUCUACUUUUUCAAAAUCAUUUCGUUGCAGGAAUGUCUGAAAUUAAUUCAUUAAAAAUAUUUGCUGGAGUAAUACUGGGUCCGGAUCUUGCCUAUUUUGUUGGUCACACAAAUAAGCCUCCAAUUAGUGCAUCAGAAACCACUUAAAACUUAGGAAUCCUACUUAGUCAUGAUAAUCAUUAAUAGUGUUUAAAUAUUGUACCAGAUCUUGCCUUAGGGAUAUAGACUGAAUCUACUCUAAUUAUGCAAAGAAUUGAUGGUAUCAGUGUUUAGUUUUCAGAUUCAGCUAUAGGAUUUUAUGCUUAUAACCCUCUAUCAAUUUAAAGCUGUGGAAUUACAUAGACAGGCAUUGUGAGUCUUCAAUAAGUAGAAAGCUAUUCAUAUGUCCUUGGUUCAGGAAUAUAAUUCUUUCAAAUGCCUUCAUAUAUAUUCCAGCCUAACUGUGAUAACUAUGUUGUCACAACAAACCUAGCUAGUAUAGAUAACAUGAUAUUGCCAUUCUUAUAAUACAAUGCUACCUAAAAUGGAAUGCUAAUCAAUACAAACGAUGAGGUUGAUUUAGGAGUAUAUAUUAUGAAUUAUACAGUCAAAGCUGAUACUAUUUUUGAUUAAAUUUAGUUUGAAAUCAAUGUAAUCAAGCCUUCUCCUACUGUCCAGAAUUGUUUGAAGCCAGUUAUUUAGAAAAAUAAAGCACAAAAAGUAAUUUUCAAUAAUGGUCCAAUAGUAACUGCAUCUUUUAAUGACAUUAUGAUGAAUGCUUAUGAGACAGCUAGUUAUUCUUUGCCUAGUGAAAUAGUUAAUAAUCCUGACUACAAUACAGAAAUAUCAUUUGACUCAGGAAAUACUUUCAUGAAGUACUCUGACUAAAUUCAGCUUAAUCCUUAGUAAAGUGAUGUAGGGAUCCACAGUAUAAAAUUGAAAUUGACAGACAAAAAAGAUAUUUAAAAGUUCACUGUCUACUUGAUUGGUGUCGAAGUCAAAGAUAUAAUGAAUCAAAUGUAAUUUUACAAACUUAAAGCCAUAAUCACUUAUAUUUCCUAGGAGGGUUUGAUAAGUGUGAAUUUCAAUGAAUCUAUGAAUGUAAAAAGUGAAAAUUUUACUUCAAUCGUCAAUACUUCAUCCCUUUUCUUAUCUAUUCUUAAUCAAUAUAAUGGAGACUCAUCUGAGUAAAACAUUCUUAAAUGGGAAUGUAAACAAGACAUUCUAAAAAUUGUAUUUGUUUCAAAUUAUCAAUUCAUCAGCAAAGAUCUUACUAAAGUAAUUCCACUCAACUACACUAUUUAAGCUGAGAUACCUCCUUAACUGCCAAAGUCAUGUAAUUCAUUAUGCUUAACAGUUAUUUUAGUACUUUACCAGAUGCUUGAUCAAUCAUCUUAAGCUGUUGCUGGGUCAAUAACAGCAGUUCUGAAAAAAGAAUCAACAGUAGACUUUCCUAAAUGGAUAUCUUUUAAUACUAUAAACUCAGACAUCAUUCAUAUUCCUAUAGAAGAACGUUAUUCAGCAAAUUUAGUAGAAAAUAUGGGAUAAAUGCUGAUUUUUCUAAUGAUUGCUUUGAUUUUUAUACCAAUCAUUCUACUAUUAGGUUAUCUUGGGAAAAAAUAUUAAUCGUAAAAACUUUUUUCUUAACUUUAAAGUGUGAGGAAAAUAUACUAGACAAUCUAUCACAAGAUUUUUUUCUCCGCCUUGAUCAGGCCAAUACUAAAAGGAUAUCUUAAAUUCAUUUUAGCAGCAUUUAUCACAGCCAAUCUUGUAAUUAUAUCUUGCAUUAAUGUCUUAGGUAAUGAGUUAGGAAGCUAAUAUGGCAAGCAAUAUGUAAAAGUUGAUGCCUGCUCUUGUACUUUCAUUUUUACCAUUCCUUGA